AAAACUAACCAAAGCGUACGCUUUCCCCAUUUCAGCGCAUAAACCCUAGACCUUCUCUCUUUUCCACACAGCUAUAGAAAUCGAACCACCACCACUACAGCGGCGCAGUCUCAUCCAGCACCACCAAGGUGGCGCGGCCUUCUCCAGCAGUGUAGGGGUACAAUCUAAUUAAAGGUUCAAAUCUUCGACGCCGUCGAGCCAAGUACGACAAACCCUUCCAUCUCCAGCCCUAAUUAAAUAAAGUCGAGGUUUGAAACCAAACUCUUCCUCAGGAGGAUAAAUGGGGCAAUUCGGUCUUGUGAAUGCCAGUUCUCCUAUCUUCUUCGGGUAGCGAGACAGAGAUGACUAAGUGACAUAUGGAAUAUGGCAACGACAACAACAUGUCGUAGAAGGAGAUAAAAGGUGAAGCUAACGACCCACUAAGACUAACCUAUCUACAACUAAAUCCCCAAGCGGUAGUCAAACGGGGGACGUGAAUGCGAGAUGUCAAUGGAAUGAUCGGACGAACAGAGGCUAGGGCUGCUUCCUUCCCACCGCGUCCUUCCUUGUGUGUCAGAGAUAUAAAGCGAGUGCACCGAAAAAGAACGGGAACCCCUUUUACUAAUAGAGAUCUGAGUAGCUGAGAUAAGGAAGGAAUUUUCUGGUCACUGUUCUGGAGAAUCCUAAGUGGGUGAAGAGUAUGAGAUACAAUUUUGAGGAGGAGGAUGGUGGCCGUCAAUCCGAAGAUGUCGAAUGGCUACCCUUACAACACCACCCUGUCUUUUCUACUCCCCCGGAUAGGGAUAGGGACAGGGAUUCCUCCACCUUCACAGUGCCCAAAAAUCUUUUAGCUUGGGAUGGAGCUUCUCGUCUCUACUUUUGGGACUCUUACAGAACCUGUCUGCAUCGACUCUCUGUUGUAUUGGGCGAACCAGAUCCUACUUCCCUCCUUGCAGCUUCUCCUUCAAAGGUACUGCAAGCUGAUGUGCAGUUGAAUUUUGAGGUUCAGCGAAUUUCCAUUAACAGAAAUGGAUCAACACUUUUCCUAGUUGGCUUGGAUGGUUUAUACGUCAUGUAUCUCUAUGGAAGGACUUCGACGAAAGAAAAUACAAUUAUUUGCCGGACAGUUUUAGUUGGUUCAGAGAUCUACUUUGACAGAAACAGCCCAAUACGCACAUUGAAGGUUUGUUGGCACCCUUACAGUGACACCCAUCUUGGAAUUCUCUCUUCAGAUUCGGUUUUCAGGGUUUUUGAUUUGUCUUUGGCCCUUGGCCAGCCAGAGCAGGAGUAUUAUCUACAGCCCGUGGAGCCUGGCAGUUUGCACAAUGCUACAGCAAUCUGCCCUGUCGAUUUUUCUUUUGGGGGUGAUCAUAUGUGGGACAGGUUCAGUGUUUUCGUCUUGUUUAGUGAUGGCUCAGUUUACAUCCUAUGUCCUGUUGUUCCAUUUGGAAGUGUGUACAAAUGGGAAUCUGUACUGGAGUUAUAUAGUGAUGCUCACAUGUUUGGUCUGAAAUCAGCGAAUUCAAAAGCUGUGAUAAACUCAAAUUUGGCAAUCUCUUGGUUGGGAGCAACAUUUCCUGAACUAACUCAGAAAGAAGUUCAUACAGAAAAUGUUUCUGUUCUUAGAGCUCAGCCUUAUGCUUUAUUUGAUGCUGCAAUCUCAUUACAGGGACCCUUACGUAAAGUAAGUCACGGCGUUGAAGAUGACUCAGUUCACCCUCCAGUUUGUGAAGGGCGUGCUGUCAGUUUUCUUUAUGAUUUAGUUAGCAAAGAUUCUAUCCUAGUAACUGCUUGGAGUGGGGGGCAGUUGCAGAUAGAUGCUUUAGCUGAUGAAGUACAGCCUAUCUGGAAGGUUGGUAGUCCACCUCGGGUAUGUCUGGAUUCAACUGAUAGUAUAGUUGGCCUUGCAAUGAUUUGCGAGUCAUUGUCAAGUGACACCUCCAUUUUGAAGCUUGAUCUGCCACCAGGUCAUACUCUAUGGUUGGGGCAUCCACCUCCUCUUUUGAGGUUGGCUAUCGUGGAUUUAGCUCUGCCCAGAAGAAGUGGUUCUGUUUUAUCAAUGUUUGUUGAUCCCAUUAUUUCAGAAAGAAUAUAUUGCCUUCAUGAUGGAGGAAUUGAUUCAGUAGUGUUGCACUUUUUGCCUUUCACUAAUCCGACUCGUGGCAAGGAAGACAUGAUGAGAAGUCCCUCUGUGCAUCCCGUUCUUAGCACUUUCCAAGGAGAAGCAUCCUCAGCCACCCCAGUUUCUGGUUUCUUAGCUCUAUCAGAUUCUUUUGGAGAUUCAUGGAUUGUGGGUCUUACCCCUUCUAAUGAGUGUAUAGUGGUUGAGAUGGAGACUUGGAAUACACUUCUUCCCCCAAUUAUUGAUAAGGCUGACAAACUCAUAGGUGCAGAAGUGCCAAAAGAUACAGAUAUUUCUACUAUCAUAAGCAAAGAGCUCCUUACUGGGCCCAGGGUAGUUCUUUUGCCCCCUUCUUCACCUCAUUUGUGCUCAGUUGCUGCGGAUUCAAUUGAAGGCCGAUCAACCCUUCAUCAGUAUUUCAAGCUUUUUCAUGAAAACUAUGUGGAAUAUGCCCACAAGGUGUACUUUGAGCUUCAACAUCAUGCACCUCAUGUAAAAAGGAUCAUUGAUGACCAGCAUUCUCGAUUAUGCAAAGCACAGCAGAAGAUUUUGGAAGUUGAAAGGAAACAGGAAAAGAUAGAGGAUCGUGUUGAGCAUGCAGUUCGGUUUCACAGUGAGCUAGAAGAGCGCUUGCAAAGCCUGAGACACCUACCGGCAGCACAUAAGAGAUCUCUAUCCAAAGCUGAACGAGAGUUCAAGUCUGAACUUGACAGAUUUAGUGGAGUGGAAUUGGAUGCUCUACGCUCUUCUAUUGGAGCAGUAAAUGCCAGGUUGAAAAGAUACGCACAUUCUCCACAGGCCAACCGAUCAAAUGAACAGCGACAACUAUCAGUGAGGAGAAAAAGCCAUGUUCAAGAAAAUGAAAUGUCACUGCUUAAAGCAUUACUUGAAAAGCUCUCAGUCGUGAACAGUGAAAAUGCUAAGAAGGUUAAAGUUGUUGAAUCGGCUCUGAAAUGCCGCGAAAUAGGCACUUCAUGAUAUCACACCGGUUAUUACCCUUAACUACAUAUUUGGGAUUGCAUGUUGAUGGUGUGUGAGGCUGGAUCUCUUGGAUAGAAGUCAUCUGAUGCUCUUACAACUGCUGUCUGCUUUGAACUGUUAUAUUGAAAUGAUCCAAACACAACAUUAAACAAGUUAUAAAAUCUGUACAGUAGCUACAUACUAAAUGCUGUAUAAGUUCAAAAAACUAGAAAGAUUUGACAUUGAGAAACAAAAAAGACACAUGGGCCGUAUCUGUUAUGAUCAUGCAAGCAAUGCAACCAUUAUCAGGGAAA